UCUUCCCAGAAUUCUAGGUUGUGUCUUUAAACAGGCCAGUGGCUGAUUGAAUUGGUGGAAGCCAGCUUCACUUCCGCAGGAAAUGUAUGGGGGGAAGAGGAGAGGUUUCCCAGAGCCAUGUUUUAGUGCCCGACCUGGAGCAGAUAUUCAGGGAGUGAGGCAGAGGAGCAGCAGUCCAGUUCAGGAUAGGUGCUACAUGGCUGAGCAUUAGCCUUGUCCUAAACAAGGCCUGUGUGUGCUGGUGGAUAUUGGAGAGUUUAGAGUUAUGGAGUGCCUCAACAUUGUCCUAUCCUGCAUGGGAAUGCUCUUCCUCUGCUUUCCGGCCUCCACUCAGAAGCUCUCAUCAACAGGGAGGAAUGUUUGCCUCAGCCCAAGGGACUGGGCACUUGAGUGUUGUUCAGGAUGGGCCCAGCAGGGUGACGAGUGCACAAUACCACUCUGUGAAGGACAGAAUGCCUGUGGGGAGAAUGAGGUGUGUGUGUCUCCAGGAGUGUGCAGAUGUAAUCCAGGCUUCUUUGGAUUCCAGUGUAGACGUACCUGCCCUCCUGACUUCUGGGGCUCAGACUGUCGUGAGCAGUGCCUGUGUCACCCUCAUGGCCUGUGUGACCCUGUUACGGGGGCAUGCACAUGCUUUCCUAACCACUGGGGCAAUCUGUGCCAGAAUAGCUGUAAAUGUGGACGUCAUGGCCACUGCGACUCCGUUUAUGGCAACUGCACUUGCGACGAAGGCUGGUGGAGUUCCACCUGCACCAAAGUGUGCCAGUGCCACCCCAAGACCUCCAGCUGUGACCCUGCCACAGGCCACUGCCUCUGCAAAGAUGGCUUCUGGGGGCAAAAGUGCAGCCAUCGCUGCAACUGCCAUAUAUCACCUUGCCAACAAUAUUCAGGCGAGUGUGAAUGCACAAGUGGCUGGUGGGGACCCAACUGUGAUCGACCUUGCAUCUGUGAUCUGAGCCACAGCAAGUGUGACCCCCGCACAGGAGAGUGUCUAUGCCAGCCGGGUUACAAGAGCCCCAUCUGUCGUGACCUGUGCAGCCCGGGGUACUAUGGCAGUGGCUGCUUGGAGAGAUGCGGACAUUGUGAAGGAGGCACCCCUUGCUCUAAAAUGGACGGCUCCUGCAGCUCCUGCGCACCGGGAUGGAAUGGCACACGGUGUGACCAGCCCUGUCCAUCUGGUUACCAUGGCACCCGGUGCCAGGAGCUGUGUCCUCAAUGCAGGAAUGGGGAACCAUGUGAUGCAAUAACAGGACUGUGUGAUCACUGUGAACCUGGCUGGACUGGACCCAGGUGUGACCAGCCUUGCGCAGAUGGUACUUUUGGGGACAGCUGCCGUUUCCUGUGCAGGUCUUGCUAUCACGGUCGCUGUGAUCAUGUGGCAGGAAGUUGUCUUUGCCAACCUGGCUUUCAGGGUGAGAGCUGUAACAGUUCAUGUCCGGAUAAGAUGUAUGGAAUAAACUGCUCGUCAAUCUGUGACUGUGGAGACGAUGCAUGCCAUCCCGCCACUGGAGAAUGUCCCUACAGCAUUCGGGCAAGGCUUCUAGCAGGACUUCUGAUUCCUCUGCUGGUUCUCCUACUUGCCUUGUUGUUUUGCUGCUGCUGUUGUGGAAGUCCAGCUGAUGGGAAGGACAGUGUGGCAGUAGGGGAUGGGAGCACGACAGGCCGAAUGAAGCAUCAUGUCUACACAGUGCUAGCCAACAUGAGCUCAGCCAUGCCGUGUCUCACUCUGUGGUCCUCUGGGCUUCCCAGAGUUACAGUUUCUCACCAUGAUCCAGAGCUCACCUUUAACCACAGCUUCAUAGAGCCCCCCUCAAGUUGGGUGUCAGACUCUUUUGAGACUGAUGAGGACGGAGAGGCUGUGUAUUGUGUCCCUCCUCAAGAAGACAUCCCAGCUGUGGCAGGAGGUGAACUCCAGUUCCAGGAAAUGGGCUCGAAGUGUAACUUCUUAUCUGAGCCACCAACAUUCAGCAGCGAGGACAUGUCUCUGGCUUUCGGCAUACCAAGGACCUCUAGCAUUGCGAAAUCCAAGCGGCCCUCUGUAUCCUUUGCAGAAGGCACCAAGUUCAGCCCGAAGGAGCGUCGGGGAUCAAAUCAGGAACUUGCCCGCAAGCCUAAAACUCCAUGGGGAGUAUUAAUGCUCUCCAGCCUCCAGGGGGCACAAGAUCACCAAGGGCAAACUGAAAGAGAACCAGAGGAGGCAAGUGAUGAUGCAAAAGCCUCCUUAGAGGAUCAAGCAGCUAACUCCUUACUGGAGGCAGGGACUUAUUCAACUGUACCCGACAAUAGGCGGAACACUCCGUCCAACCCCAAGAAGGGCCUACAGCCACAGCCCUUGUCUGAGGGGCAAGAGAUGGAUGCGGGGAUGGAGAAGGUGUCCACUGUUUAUGUGACUGUUGGCAAGCCUUUGCGGGCAUCAAAGGCAGACAUGAGCUCUGAGGGGCCAGUGCAGGCAAUGCUCCGCAGGCUGGGAAGCAUCCAAAGACAGAGGGAGGAGACAGCACAGCCUAAAAGUAAGGUGGCUGCUGUAGCAAAGCCCCCACGCAGGAAACUGGGGGCACGUGCCAGCUUGUGGGAGCAGGUGGCUGCUUCAGGACAGCCAAAUGUUGUCCUUAGGAAGCCCAGCCGUAAAAAACAUGCUUCCAUUAGCUCUCCAUGUACAGUAGGGGUUACAGAUUCACUACAGGAGAACAGCAUUCCAAAAAGACCUCUGUCCUCUAUACUCAAGAGUGUCCCAGAAUACACUACACAGGUCUCAGAGAAGGACAUGGACACAAGAACAGCCUCUGAAUCAGACAAUAAGAGUGAAGCUAUCUAUGAGACAGUGGCUGUACCAGACGAGGUGUCUACUUCAUCAGAAGUUAUCACCAACGAGACUCUGACAGAGCAAGAGCCCAAAUAUGAAAAUGUUUAUAUAAAUCACUUAUGAGACUGAGUAGUUCAUGUGCUGAUAUUUUGAAACUGAUUAAUGUUUGAAGAAAUUCUAUUUGUCUAUUAUUGUAUACCAUACAAAACAAACUCCCACACUUUCUCCCUACUUGCAGUACUUCUUAGUUAACUGGUUUGUUUUCUCCACUUUGUAUGUAUUUUAAACUUCUGUUAUUUCUCUUUAUAAAUCUUCCCAAAAAUACUUGUCAAAUGUUUGUUGGAGUUCUGUUUGGUAAUAAAGAGAGAUUUCACCAUAA